GGUAAAUGGUGUGAGUAAGGUUGGCCUGUGAGCCAUUCUUGGUGUUCACCAGUGCAAUGGCUUUUGUGGGAUUUGUUAUCAAAUGAAUGGAUCAAAUUCACAGGCCAGUCCCAUCACCCCAGAUUCCUUACUGUGGCUCCAAUUUUCAAGUGGAAGCCUCACACCUAAGAAAACAAAUUUGGCAGGAAAAGGUCUUCAUUUAGAGCCACUGGAAGGAGUGAAACAAUGCAUCAGGUCUGCAGGAGAGCCAGGAAUAGAGCCCAGGUGUCCCUGACCCUGUUGGGCUGCUGGAGCCCCUCGAGUGCAAAAAAUAUUUAUAUCCCUCAGAAGCAGCUGCAGUCUGUUUCCCCAUCCAGCUCCCCCAAAGCAACCACACCAUGAGGUCACUGAAUGCACACUGGCAUGUGGCUGGUGUGAAGAAUGGGCAGCCAAACCAUCAGAGUCACAAAGUGUCUGUGAGCCUGAGCCUUCCUGAGGAGCCUCGUGGUUUGCAACGAAACAAGAAGAGAAUAAAAAAAGGUAACUGAGAAGUAUUUGCAAACUGUACCCAGUGCAAAGCCACAUCCCUUGUUCAGAGGGCCCUCUGCUAAGGGAGUGUUUAACCAGCUUGCAGGGAGGAUGUAGGAAGAACUCACCACUCCUUUCAGCAGUGCAGUCUCUGGGAGCUCAGGCGCUGAUGUUCUGAGCUCCCAGAGCUGUGCACACAGGCUUUGCACAGCCCAGUAACCACUUUUCAGAUGAAAGAAAGAAGAGCCCACCUCAAAAAUUCUCUUCCUUCUUCUCCUCAUUAGCUUAACUGAAAGCAGGAAUGCAAAGCUGCAGUUUUCUCCAAGGCCUGGGGCAAUAAUGCAUCUUGUAUUGGCAAGUGAUAGAAGAUCUUGGUUUAUAUGUUCCUUUUAAUUUAUCCAUGUUAGGUGUUCAUAAAAGAGUCAAAUUGAGUGCAUUAUCUCUGUAAGGGCCUAAGAAACUGGGUCUUAAAAACUUGGUAAUUUUAAUCUAAAUGCAACAUCUUCCCUUUAUUUAAGGUAUCCUUGCAGCUUUUAGAAGGUUUCUGUGAUUUCUGUCCCUCUGAGGUAUUGCUGUGGUGAACAAAUCAGCCAAAGAAGUGCACUGAGCAAUGCAGCAUCCUAGUUCAUCACAGUCUGUAGGUGUUUACUUAAAAUUAAGUACAUUCUUGAGUUGCAUUGAUUGCAGUGUAAUUUAAUAGUCUGGAAGUUAGGCACCCUACACUGCCAGCCAGGCCAGCUUUCCUUGGGGAAUUCCAAGGCAGACAGCAGAUAGUGGAUACACUUCUCCAUAGCCUCUGCAGGAAGAGAUGCCACGUGCAAAUCCCAUGAUGGUGUUCUGCCAGCAGAAAAAUACUUUAUUUGCACUUAUUUGGGGUCUGUCUCAUCUGGGCUGGUCUCACUUAAUCUGUGCUUUGUUCUAGUAAGUAGUGUCUUGAUCCUGAGUGUGAGCUGUGAGAGCCUUUUUGUCAGUCUCUCAGGCCUGCUGGGCUCUUGGUAGCCCCUGAGGCUGAGAUCCUGCAAAGUCUUGGUCAUGUGAGUCACUUGAUAUAGUUACAGCUUGGGGCCAGCUCUGUGGGUAAGGUCCCUCUGUGUACAAAUGUCAUAGACUGGAAAAUGCUGUAGAUUGUGGAAACUCCUGUUUUUUUUUUUUUCUUUCAGGACCCAAUAUGGUUUCUCGGAAUCUUCUGGAAUGGCAGCAGCUCCUAGCCUGCUGGACACAUGGCUGCUGGGGGACUUCUCACCCCAGAAGGCUGUGACUCACAGCCAUGGGGUGCCAAUGCUGGCACCAAGUUCCUGGGAUGUGCUCUCCCAUCCUGGGGUUGUGCUGCUGCAAGAUCCCAGCUCUAAAUCUUGAGGCUUUAGGAAAAGAAUCACAGGCAUUUUCUCUUCCUAAAGCAAGCUGUGGGUAGAAGGAUCUCAGCCUGCUCUAUUCUUUGUCCACAGAGAGAAGAGAAAUCAGGACUUGAAUCUGCUCUGAAGGCAAGGAUCUCUAGAGCUUUCCCUGGAAGUCAGCUUCAGAGGAACAAACAGCUGAAAGGAUUUGAGGGAAAAGAGACAUGUGCUUGGAUGAUGGGCUGGUGUUGUGGCAGCUUCCCAUGGAGAUGGGAUGGAUGGACGGACGGACAGGAGGCUGCACACCGAGAGGAGAGGGUGAAAGGUGCCUCCUUCCAAGGCAGCAGCUGUUGAGCAGCUUGCAGUGAUACCCUUGGGAGAGUCCUCUUGAUGGUUUGAACUGAGGCUCUCUGAAUAUAAAACCCUCAGCAUCUACUGAGCAGUGCUUUACAACACCCAUCUUGUACACAGAGCAGGAAAGACAGCAAGGUGGUGCGUCCCACUUUCAGAUGGAUACACGUGCUAAAGGUCUAAUACUACUGAAAUAUGCUUUUGUGGGGAGCAUGAAGCACAUCACUUGUGGGGACAGAAGUGCCCAGUGCUACUGGUGUAGAUCAUCCAAGAAGAUGGUAUUGAAGACAGAGUCAUGGGCCAAAGAGGGAAUCAAAGGUCCCAUCAAGCUGGAGCAGACAGACACAGAAAGGGGAAGGAGUCAAAGCAAAAAGAAAGCAGGAAAGAAGAAGAAAAUAAUUAGACAAAGUCUGUUGUCCAAGACACUCAAGGAAAUACUGAACAGCCCUGGAGGCAGAACUUCAGGGACACACUUCUCCCAGCUGGAAAAGUGAAGCCCAGAUAAUUACCCUUGAUUAAGCUCUUUUGAAAUCCAGUUUGAAAAACAUCAUCUCUGCCUCCAGUUGUGCUUUGGACCUUGGGGCUCUGCAAAUCAGCCGAAAAGCUGUUUGGGAAGACAACUCCUGAGAUGAAGCUCUGAACUUACAUGGACACAAAUGCCCAGAGCCACAGAAGAGUGGCCUGAAACUGUUGGUUUGAAGACCAUAAGAAAUGGGUGACUGGAGUUUCUUGGGGAACAUUUUAGAGCAGGUGAACGAGCAAUCCACUGUCAUUGGGAGAGUUUGGCUCACGGUGCUCUUCAUUUUCCGCAUCCUGAUCCUGGGCACGGCGGCCGAGCUCGUGUGGGGAGACGAGCAGUCAGACUUUGUGUGCAACACCCAGCAACCUGGUUGUGAGAACGUCUGCUACGAUGAGGCCUUCCCCAUCUCCCACAUCCGGCUCUGGGUCCUGCAGAUCAUUUUUGUAUCCACCCCUUCACUCAUGUACUUCGGGCAUGCUGUGCACCACGUCCGCAUGGAGGAGAAGAGGAAAGAGAGGGAGGAAGCUGAGAGGCGCCAGCAAGCUGAGGUGGACGAAGAGAAGCUGCCCCUGGCUCCAAACCAAAACAAAGGCAACAACCCUGAUGGAACCAAGAAGUUUCGCCUGGAAGGUACUCUCCUGAGAACGUACAUCUUCCACAUCAUUUUCAAAACCCUCUUUGAGGUGGGAUUCAUAGUAGGUCAGUACUUCCUGUACGGCUUCCGAAUUCUCCCCCUUUACCGCUGCGGGCGGUGGCCCUGUCCCAAUCUUGUGGACUGUUUUGUCUCCAGGCCCACGGAGAAGACCAUCUUCAUUAUGUUCAUGCUGGUGGUGGCUUCCGUGUCCCUCUUCCUCAACCUGGUGGAGAUCAGUCAUUUGAUCCUGAAAAGAAUCCGGAGGGCUCUGAGGAGGCCAGCAGAGGAGCAGCUUGGAGAGGUCCCAGAGAAGCCCCUCCAUGCCAUCGCAGUCCCCUCCAUCCCAAAGGCCAAAGGCUACAAGCUGCUGGAAGAAGAGAAGCCAGUGUCCCACUAUUUCCCUCUCACGGAAGUAGGGGUUGAGCCCAGCCCCCUUCCAUCAGCCUACAAUGAGUUUGAGGAGAAGAUUGGGAUGGGACCACUGGAAGAUCUCUCCAGGGCAUUCGAUGAGAGGUUGCCAUCGUAUGCGCAAGCGAAGGAACCAGAAGAGGAGAAGGUACGAGCAGAGGAGGAGGAACGAGAGGAGGAGCAUGCAGGGCCUCAGGAAGAGCCAGGGGUGAAGAAAGCAGAAGAGGAGGUGGUGAGAGAUGAAGUGGAAGGGCCUUCAGCAGCUGCUGAACUUGCUGCUGAUAUGAGACCCCUGAGCAGGCUAAGUAAAGCCAGCAGCCGGGCCAGGUCAGAUGAUUUGACUGUAUGAAGGUGCAGGAUGCGGGGAGCACAUGAAAAGGAAAAGGUUGAAGAGGAAAGGAGAGAUAGAGAAAGAAUCAAAAGAUAUUUUUAAGCAAAGUGCUAAAAUGGCCACUUGAAUAUUAUUUCCUUUUAAGAUUCUCAACUGGAAAGGUACUACCAUGGUAACAGUGCCUUAUUUGCCCCAUAUGUCCCUGUAUUUCCCUGUUUCCACAUGCCAGCUCACUCCUUACAGUAAUAUCUACACUGUACACAUAACUGAUGUAUUUUAAAGCCUAACACGGCAGUGAUACUCACAUGUUGCCACUGUGAUCAUAUUUACUGAAAGCCUUGUGUUCCACAUUUCUCUAGGAAUGUGGGGCGGAUCUGUCUUUCAGCCAGUGAGGGGAAAGACUGAUCAACAACUCUAUCUAGUCUUUCUCUUUCUGUUUCCUCCUAUGGCUCACUGAGCAGAGCUCCCCUUUGCUGUUGGCAUGGAAUUGCAGUUAUUUAAUUCACAAAGUGAAUUCUAUGCUUAGCAUCAACACACUAAAAUACUAAGCCGAAUAUUCCCCUCUUUAUUCAGAAAAUAAAGGCAAAAAUGUUCCAAAUUUCUCUGUGAAUGUAUAUCUCAGUUAGGUAAAUAUGUUUUCCCUGGUCAAAAAUAUUUCUGCUCUUCAAGCGACAUUGACAGUGGGCAAGGUUAACAGUAGCUCUCUACUAGGACUUAGCAGAUGCCCAGAGAUAGAUUAUUUGUUCCCAAGAGGGUCAUCCAGCCCUGAGACUAGUUCAGAAUACUGGAAAGAAUAAAUUCAAGUGAUAUUUUUUACUUGCAGCCUUGUAACUUAAAGAUUUGAAACUAGAUUUAGCCAAGCAAGAGGAGAAAAAAAUCUUCUGAGAAAGGAGAGGGACAGCUAUAGCCCCUAGAGCAUGAAACCAAAUACAAGCCUUCAUGGUAUGAUCCUGACAAGUGUUCAGUUCCUAGAGCUUCCAGGCUCCCAGGCACUCAGCAAAUCUCAGGUACAGAGUCCUGAAGGCACCUGUGAACCUAAACCAGGGGUCUGGGUAACUAUGUGACUUUUUAAACUUCUAAAUACAAAACUGGUUGGUCAAGUUUGAAAAGACUGAUAGGGUAAAAGUCUUUUGACAGCCUUUGUUUUUCAUUUGACAGACAGGAGCCAUUCAGUGGGCUGCUUCUCCAUUAAAUGCCAAAGUCUCGACCAAGUAAGACAAUGCCUUUCAAAAGAUGACUUAGACCUUUUGUGCCAACAGGUCUGUACAGAACUCUCAGAGACUCAGAAAAAUCUUUUUUUUUACAGAAGGCAGAAAAUUAUGUGUUUGCAAAUGUUUAGAUGUCUAAUAUAGAUUUCUAAUUUUAGGACUACAGCAGCAUCUCUUGGCUGGGACAGUGCAGCAAUGCGUUCAAAAGCUUCAGGUUAACAGCUAUGUCCCCCAAAACUGAGCCCCAUGCCAAAAAAGUGCAGGUAUGCACUCUGCUCUGCUCUGCUCUGCAAACCUCAGAGCCUGCCAUCUCAGCAAAUUCUUUCUGCUGGGCUGCAGCCCAUCCCAUUGUUCCCAGAGCAGGCUCUAAUCCAGGUCAGGGAAAAAAAGGUCUUUGGCACAAUGCAUCAAACUCAUCCCGCCGUUAGCUAGAAAAGACCCCCUGCAGCCUCCCAUUGUAGCAGGUCUGACUCAAAGCCCAGGAAAGGCAAAUGGGUGUCUGUGAGAGCCCUGGGUAGGCUUGGGCCCUGUCCCAGCCCCAGAACAGUCGGUCCUGUCGCUCCUGAUCCCACUCCUUUGGUGGAGUUCCCUGCCUGGCCACGCGGCCGUGAAGGUGGCCGGUCUUCACUGCCGAGUGACAAUAAGCUGUACAUAUGUAGAAAGUUUGUAGGGUGCAUUGGGAUUCUUCAGCUGCCACAGAGGUGCCACGCAUUGUUUUUGUUUUUUCCUUUUUUUUUUUUCUUUCUUUUUUUUUUUUAACACUAUUCAUCCUUUUGCUCCUCUUGGGCCUGGAUAUUUUCCCAAGGUUUGCAGCCUGAGGUCAAAACCUUUUUUUCCUUAGACAAAGGCUGUUGGGUGUCCUUCCUUGUGAAGGAAGACUGAAAGGUCCCUCCUCAGUUUUGGGAAGGAAUAUGACAAAGCAACACAUGCAGAGAGAGAGCCUGGAGGCUACCAUUUAUCCACUCUCUGAAUACAGAAACAGGAGAACUGUUAUCACAACUGAGGGAAGAGCAUGUUUUUCAGCAGGAAGAGUCCACUGUGCCCAGUUCACAACACUAGAACUAAAGGAAGGGCUAAGAUUUAGAUGAAAAACACAAUCACCACACUCACACUAGAUGGGAUCCAUUUAUUUUCUCCAUAGAAAGAGACAAGAGUCUGCAUGAUUCUAAGCAACAACCAGCCCACUUGUUGAAGGGGGUUGGAAACAUACUUUCCUGCAGGUAAAAACCACAACCUUGUUACAGUUUAUAUGAAGUACCUGCAUCAGAGCAUCUGACCCUUCCACAUACCAAGGUACCGGACAGGUUGAAUGACACCCACCCAUGCUGACUUCUAAUUACUUGACAAUUCCACUCCUGAUCUCUGACACUCAUACAUUCAUUAGACUGCAGGACUACUUGAAGAUGAGUGCUUGUUCAUCAGGAGUUCAUGGUUCAUAACGUGGCUGUGAGGCAGGGCAGUCUUUAAUCACCACAUGUUAAUUAUGUCCUUUUCCACUGGAGAGCCUCAGUAAAAUGCACCAUGUGCAGUGUACUCCAUGGACACUGUAGUUCUCUCACAGCUGCCACAGGAACGCUCCUUUCUUCCUCCGGGUCCCAACAGCACAAGAAGAAGCUGGCAUUUCCCUCCUGCAUCCACUCAACUGCUUCUUGAGUUUUUAUUUUUUUAUUUUUAAAGCCAGUUUUCAAGUACUCUGCCUGGCUGGCAGUGAAUCUGUAGCCACCAAGCGCGGGCCAUGGCAUCAGGACAGUGCUGCACGGCAAAGCGGGCAGGGAACAGUCCGGUCUUCUGGCACUCGGCCUCAUCUCUGCAAGGAAAUCUCUGUGGAACUGUCAGCAAGUCAUUCUUCCUUCUUGUGCAAUUGGGAAUCACUUCCUACCUUACAAUCAUGAUGUGAGGCCUGACAUGUUGUGCUAGUUAUGGAAAGGGAGGUCCUUGGAUGGAAAGCCCUACAGAUGAGCAAAGGAUUAUUGCUAUUUCUGGAGGUGAUAGCACAUAAAUGUGCUUUAUUCCCUCUCAAAGAAACAAACUUAAAUGUUUAUUCAAAAAAUUCCUAGUGAAGUUGCAUAACAGCCUCAGAGCUGUGGAUUCAGUGUAUGAUUCUACCCAAAAAAAUAACUUAGCAAAACACAGAGAUAUAUAUGAUAAACGAGGAAUAUUAUUUCCUUGAGAAGGGGGAAAUCACUGGACAAUUAGCGCCAUGCCUGGAUAAUUUAAAAAUGUGUGUUUACCCCCUUGGCUCCCUGUGCAAAUAAAUUCCUAACUGACCACAUGGCUCUCUGCAAGGAGCAUAAGAUGCAAGUGUCAAAAUCACCAAAGGAGGUGAAAGUAGAAGAGCAAGGUAGUCUCUUAGCUUACAAUAGCAUGUGGGGGUUGGUGUUCUCUAGUGUCUAGAGCAGUGGACCUAGGAUAAUAAUCUUAGAUUUAUUUCCAGCUCUGCUUCUGACUUGCUGUGAUAAUCACUUUACCUCUCGGUGCCUUUUUCUCCACCUGUAAAAUGGGUGUAAGAAUUUCCACCUACCUCACAGGGAUGUUGUGAGGCUUCCUUAAUUCUGUUUGUAAAGUAAGUAGGAAUGAUCUGAUGAAAAGCACUGCUGAAAUGCAUGGUAUCCUUGUUAUUUCUUGGCAGAACUGCUAACUUGGGUAAUAUAUGACUCCUCAACCAGAAGGGCAGUAGUUUGGAGAUGGGAACACUGCACUGCACUGACAACAUUAACAUGGAUGUGGAUUUGCCUUGGGUAAAAAAGACUUUAUUGAUUCCCUCACCCAUGUCUCCCACCUUAGCCAAGGCCAUGUAUGGAGCUGUGGUGACAGUGUGGUGAUGUGGACCCCUCUUCUCCAACCCCAGCUUCUGCCCUGGGGCAGCGUUUGUGCUUAAAUAAGGCAGCUCCUGGAGCACUUGGUUCAGGCUGGUGGAGCUCUUGACAGUUUUGAGGCACUUGGAAGGCAUGUGGGAGAGGGUUGUAUCAUACAGAAUGUUGCUGGGCUUCUGCUUUAAACCACUCAGGGCGACAGAGACCGACACCCACAACCUCUCAGUGCUGAAACACAGUGAGGUGCAGAUUCCUCCUCCUGCAGGAGAGGAGAGAUUUGGGGGAUCUCUGCUCUCUAGCUUGCUGAUCUGGGAUGAAGCAGCACUGAAUAGAAAUGGUGAUUACAGAGCUACUGACAGAACAUUUUGAAAAAAACAAAGAGUGCUGGCCUUCGCCUUGCUAGAUCCAGUACAGUGGAACAGUGAAAGCAAACCAGGCAUUUAUUGGCUUCCAAGGUGCAAAAUCUAUAUAAAAAAAUGCUCAGACAAGGAGACAAAUUUCAAACCAAGAAGUCCGAGAGCAAGACAGAAAGCCACACAACCAGAGACUGUGGGACAACCCAACAUAGAUUUGUUUUCCUAGUGAAAUGAGUUGCAAUGAAUAAAGUUUCCUGAUUUUCAGUCA